AUGCUGAUCCUGACCUGCACCACCCAGCUGCUGCGCCUGGAGGGGAUCCUGAGGAAGAGCCUGCCCUCCGCCCUGCCGGUCUAUGGGGCCGUGAUGAACAUCAACCGGGGCAACCCGGGCAACUACGAGGUGGUGGUGGACUCCUGGCCCGAGUUUGGCGCUGUGCUGGCACGGUGCAGAGGAGAGGUCCCAGCAGAUGACUCCUACUGGAACACCCACGCAGCCUUCUACCGGGACGUGGGAGCCUACCGGGCACUGCUGGAGACCCCUGGCUGCCUGCGCUGGGACACCGCCUUCCACAUCAUCGGGCUGCAGGACGAGUUGGCCAAAGUGUCUCAGGCCAUGGCAGGGAGCAGGGGCGUUGAGCUGGAGGUCUCUGAGUACUACUGCUACCAGCACCUCGACCCCAGGACCAUGCCCGAGCCCCGGCUGGAGAGCGGGGUGCAGGUGACCUCGCUGAGCCCCCUCCACGUGGACCUCCUCAACAAGACCUGGCCCUACGGGGGCAACGCCCGCAGCCGCGCCUACCUGGCCGACCUCCUGGAGAGGUUCCCCCACGUCUGCCUGCAGGACGCCGCCGGACAGCCUCUCUGCUGGAACCUGACCGACCAGUUCGGCGCCGGCACGCACGGCUACACCCUGCCCAGCCACCGCCGGCGCGGCCUGAUGCAGGCGGCGCUGACCUUCUCCGCUCGGCGGGCGCAGAACAGAGGCUUCCCCUCCUACGGCCACACGGCCACCACCAACGUGGCCAUGCAGAAGGUGCAGCAGCAGCUGGGCCACCACCGCUUGCCGGGGCUCUGUCGGUUCAUCCUGCACAACCCCGGCCUGGCCAGUAAAUGA